AUGGGUUCUUCCUCAACCAUCGGCCUCCUUCUCCUGGCGUGUUCCCUCCUGUGCGGUGGCCUUCUGUGCCUCCCUGGCGCAACUGCCGACCAGCUUUACGGCGCCGGGUCGAGCUCCGUCGCAAGCCUGAUGGCAUCUUGGGCCGCAAACUAUCCCUACAACACUGAUAGCGUGAGCGUGGGGUAUACCUCAAACAGCUUUGAGGUCGCCCUGGCGAGCUACGGCUUGGGCCUUAUCGACUUCAUGAGCUUCUCGAGCCCGAUGGAGGACUCAGACCUGACCGCCGCCGGUUCCCUGCAAUUGCCUCUCGUAGGCGGCGCCAUUGUGGUGAGCUACAACCUCGACGGGUACCUCUCACCCGGACAAGACGUCCUGUUCCUCGACUGCGCCGCCCUUGCGGGCAUCUGGCUGGGUGACAUUACAAGGUGGGAUGACGACCGCAUCACGGCUCUCAACACGGCUGCGGUGGUGGCCAAGCUGCCGGCGCUGAACAUUACCCUUGCCCAACCCACGACCACCUCUCUGAGCACUGGCGCCGUCUUUGGGCGAGCGCUCUCCGCCGUCAGCGCCGACUUUGCUGCGGCCCUCACCGCUGCUGGAGGUCUGCUGGAAAACCUGCCCAACGGCGCGGCUGUCUACCCCAAUGCCAGUGCAGCCACUGCCGCGGUCAAGGCAACGGUGGGCAGUCUGACGUUCAGCACCUGGGCGCUGGCCAAAAGCGCGGACACUACCUAUGCCUCGAUGGUCAACGGGGCCGGGUCGCGGGUGGCAGCGUCGACAACGUCGGUGCAGGCCGCUAUGUACGAUUACCGAGCGGCCUUCGAUGCCGGCGCACUGAGCACGGACAUCUUCAACGGCAACGGCACCGCUACCUGGCCUUUGGCCUUCCUGGAGUACCUGGUGGUGCACAAGAACGUGAGCGUGCUAUCCUGCUCCUCGAUGCAGAAUCUGCUGCUCUUCUUCAGCUGGGUGCAGCUGAACGACUAUGCCAUCAGCCUCUCGAAUGCCCAGUACUUCCCGGCGCUCGUGACCAACCUCCAGAAGCUCUUCGUCGACGAGCUCGAGACUAUUGGAACCUCGUACCCCUCUUCCACCUUCUUGGUCAAGUACUACCAACAGACGACACAGGCCGCAGUCACCGAGAUGAUCGCUGAAGACAUUGACUUUGGCGUGACCGCAAGUACGUGGCAAUGCCUGACGUGGUGCUUUCCGGCGGUGGCCUCUCCGCUUGUGCCGGCCUACUACCUGCCGGAGCUCAUCGGGCAGCCACCGCUGGUGCUGAGCUUCAAAAUUCUUGCAGAUAUCUACCUGGCACACAUCAGCUCAUGGAAUGAUCCAGCCAUUGCCGCUCUGAAUCCGGGCGUGGUGCUCCCCGAUCAGCCGAUCAUGGUUAUCGUUCAGAAUGCUCGCUGUAUCGCAACGACCACCACCAACGUGCCGACUCUGCUCGCGUCCACUCCCUAUUCGUUCGCCUUCUGGUCCUACUACGCCGUCCUUCAGACACGCGUAACACAAGCCGCUUCGUUGAUCAACGUUGCUGGAACCUCGACUGCUGUGGCCUCAGCGCUGAAUGACUUUGGCGCGUCGACAAACUUCACCAAUCUCCUACUCGGCAGGGGCAACGAGAGCUGGCCCAUCGCCACAGUGAUCUCAAUCAUGGUCCUCCGGACACAGAUGCGCAACUGCGUCAAGGCUGCGGCCCUAGCCGACUGGAUCUAUUGGACCCAGAGUGCUGAUCUCUCCUCUCAGGUGGCCACCCACUUCGGGCAAACGGUGGCCAGCACCUCCUCCGUCAUGAAGAAGAUCGUGCUGAACUCGCUUGUCACGCUCACGUGUGACGGAGAAGCUGUGAGCAGCAUCUACGGAUGCGUGAAGGACGGCGUGCUCUGCGGGGAUGCAGGCACUUGCACGGACCAUGCCUGCGUGUGCAACGCUGGCAGAGAAGGCCAGUUUUGCGAGGAUGUCAUUUCCACAUCCAGCAGUACCGAUCUCACUCUUGCCAUCACUCUCGGAAUCGUCGUUCCGAUUGUGGUGCUCCUCUUCCUUCUUCUGCUCCUCUUUACCGUGUGCCUCCUCUUCUUCGUUCGUAAGUCGCGCGUGGUCGAUGACUGGUCGAUAAACUUUGAGGAGCUCGAACUCAUGGGCCUCCUCGGGUCCGGAGGCUACGGAGAGGUCUACAAGGCAGUCUGGAAGGGAACCGAGGUGGCUGUGAAGGUGAUGUCCUCCAAGGAUGUCUCCAAGGAGAUGGAACGGAACUUCAGGGAGGAGGUACGCGUUAUGACGGCAUUGAGGCAUCCCAAUGUGGUGCUGUUCAUGGCCGCCUGCACCAAGCCCCCCAAGAUGUGUAUCGUCAUGGAGUACAUGGCUCUCGGAUCUCUCUACGACCUGUUGCACAACGAGCUUGUGCCGGACAUCCCGUUCGCACUGACGUGCAAGAUAGCCUACCAGGCUGCUAAGGGCAUGCACUUCCUCCACUCGUCGGGCAUCGUGCACCGCGAUCUCAAGUCACUCAACCUGCUGCUCGACAACAAGUGGAACGUCAAGGUGGGCGACUUUGGCCUCACCAAGUUCAAGGGCCAGCUCGGUAAGAACGCUGCCAAGGAUAUUCAGGGCACCGUGCAGUGGCUCGCUCCCGAAGUGCUCCAGGAGUCGCCCGACGUUGAUUUCAUUUUGGCUGACGUCUACUCCUUCGGUAUCAUCCUCUACGAGACGCUAAGCCGCGAACAGCCCUACAUCGGCAUGUCACCGGCUGGUGUGGCCGUGGCGGUGAUCAGGGACAACCUGAGGCCUCAAAUCCCAGAGGACGCGCCUCCAGAGUACGCCCAGCUGGUGGCCGACUGCUGGCAUGUCGAUCCGACCAUUCGGCCGACUUUCCUGGAGAUCAUGAACCGCCUGGUCACCAUGUCGGGCUCCUCGCUCACCCAGUCCGGCCACUCAUCGUCGGUGUCGUCUUCGUCCGCGUCGAGCCACAAGAUGGGGAGCGCCUCGUCAUGGAGCCUCCCAUCGAAGUCCUACUCAUCGUCGUCGGGCCACAGCUCGGGGGCUUCCAAUUCCGGGGGCAAGGUCGCUCGUCUCGACGGGACGGAGCACGCCCCUCGCGGAGAGCUGGCGAUCGUGUUUUCGGACAUCACGUGCUCGGCCACGCUGUGGGAGUUCGACCCGAUCGCCAUGAGAGAUGCCACGAUACUGCACAACGACAUCGCCCGCGACCUGCUGAAGAAGCACGCCGGCUACGAGGUGAUCUCCUUCUCCAAAGACCGCAACUCGGGCGAGGGCUCCUUCUGCAUGGCCUUCCAGAACGUCGCCAAUGCGCUGGAGUGGUGCAUGGAGGUACAAGUCACUCUCCUUAACGCCUCCUGGCCGGAAGCCCUCAUCAAGCAUCCUGGCGCUGCCGAGGAAGGCGAUGAUAAGAUGCUGUUCCGGGGUCCGCGCGUGCGGAUGGGUGUGAACUUCGGGAGCCCCAAGAUCGUGCAGGACCCCAUGACGCGUCGUCUGGAGUACCUCGGGCCAGUGGUCAACUUUGCCGCCUUUUUGACGUCGCGCAGCCACGGCGGCCAGAUUCUCCUCUCCACGGCGGCCUACGAGAAAGCCCGAGAGACCGAACUGGGCAAGGAAAGGAAGCGCAUCAUCAACCUUGGCACCUUCGAGAUGCCUGACUCCACCCAAGGAGAGAGGCUUUACGAGUUGAAGGUCAGGAGCCUCGAAGGGCGGUUCUUCGGCGGGCUGGCGAUCGCUGAUGCAUCAUCGACCACCGGGACGGGGACCAGCAAUUCGGGGACCAACAGGGACACCACCAACGCCAGCGCGACGGACGACCGGGAUUGGUCGCUGAAGGAGGGCGACUGGAACAUGACGGUGGGGGACGGAAUGGCCUUCCAGGAGGACCACUUCCUCACCUCGGCCAAUCUCUGCCGGUGGAUCAUCAACUACGAGGACAUCCAGAUCGGCCAGCAGGUGGGCAUGGGCAGCUACGGCGUCGUGUACCAGGGCAAGUGGAAGGGCGUCUCGGUGGCCGUGAAGCGGUUCAUCAAGCAGAAGCUCGACGAACGCCGCAUGUUGGAGUUCAGGGCCGAGAUGGCCUUCUUGUCCCAGCUCCAUCAUCCCAACAUCGUCCUCUUCAUCGGCGCAUGCGUGAAGCGACCCAACUUGUGCAUCGUGACCGAGUACGUCCAGCAGGGAGCGCUCAAGGACAUCCUUCACAACCACUCGACGAAGCUCGUCUACCAGCAGAAGCUGCGCAUCCUCCAGAGUGCAGCCAUGGGCAUCAGCCACCUCCAUUCCCUCAGCCCGAUGAUUAUUCAUCGCGAUCUCAAGCCAUCCAAUCUGCUGGUGGAUGAGAACUGGAAUGUGAAGGUGGCCGAUUUCGGGUUCGCGCGCAUCAAGGAGGAGAACGCCACCAUGACCCGCUGCGGCACGCCCUGCUGGACCGCACCCGAGAUACUCCGCGGCGAGAAGUACUCUGAGUCCGCGGACGUUUACUCGUUCGGCAUCAUCAUGUGGGAGGUGCUGACGCGCAAGCAGCCCUACGCCGGACUCAACUUCAUGGGCGUGUCGCUUGAUGUGCUCGAAGGCCGUCGCCCAAUGAUUCCCUCCGAUUGUCCUUCCGACUACAAGAGAAUGAUGAAGAAGUGUUGGCACGCCAGUCCAGACAAGAGACCCUCAAUGGCGGACAUUGUUGGCUUCUUCGACCACCAGCUGAUGGGGGCGGCCAAGGUUUUGGGCGAUGAAACGGUGUAA